CUGGUCUGGAGUACGGCAGUUCGCGGGGCUCGUGCUGCUCUGACGAUGGGAGACGUCUCGUGCGAGGAGCUCGAGGACUUGGUUCACUUUUCAGUCAGCGACCUGCCCACGCGAGGUUAUGUCGUCAUGGAGGAGGUGCGACGUCAGGGGAAACUGUGUGACGUCACGCUCAAGGCGGGGGGGCAUAAGUUCAGCGCUCACCGGAUCGUUCUGGCCGCCUCCAUCCCAUAUUUCCACGCCAUGUUCACCAACGACAUGAUGGAGUGCAAACAGGACGAGAUCCUGAUGCAGGGCAUGGACCCCAGUGCUCUGGAGGCUCUGGUGAACUUUGCGUACAGCGGCCAUGUUGCCAUCGACCAGCAGAACGUGCAGAGCCUCCUGGUGGGGGCCAGCUUCCUGCAGCUACAGAGCGUCAAGGAGGCCUGCUGCUGCUACCUGCAGGACAGGUUGCACCCUAAGAACUGUCUGGGGGUGCGUCAGUUUGCGGAGACCAUGAUGUGCACAGCUCUGUACGACGCGGCCAGCAGCUUCCUGUUCCAGAACUUCCUGCAGGUUUGCGAGUCCGAAGAGUUCCUGAGCCUGAAGCCGGAGGAGCUGCUGGAGCUGGUGAGCUGCGACGAGCUGCACGUCAGGGCCGAGGAGCAGGUGUUUGAGGCGGUGCUGGCCUGGGUGCACCAGAACAGGGACUUGAGGGAUUCCCUGCUGCCAGAGCUGCUCUCUAAGAUCAGGCUUCCUCUCUGCCGGCCUCAGUUCCUGUCGGACCGGGUCCAGCAGGAUGAGCUGGUUCGCUGCUGCCAUAAGUGCAGGGAUCUGGUUGAUGAAGCCAAAGACUUCCACCUAAUGCCGGAGCGUCGUCCUCACCUGCCUGCCUUCAAGACCAGACCCAGGUGCUGCACCUCCAUCACAGGACUCAUCUAUGCUGUAGGGGGGCUCAACAGCUCAGGUGACUCCUUAAACGUGGUUGAGGUGUUUGAUCCAAUCGGGAACUUCUGGGAGCGCUGUCAGCCAAUGAGAACGGCUCGCAGCAGAGUGGGCGUGGCAGUCGUCAACGGGCUGCUGUACGCCAUUGGUGGAUACGACGGCCAAUCACGGCUCAGCACAGUGGAGGUUUACAAUCCGGAGACGGACAGCUGGACACGCGUGUCGAGCAUGAACAGCCAGCGCAGUGCGAUGGGGACGGUGGUGGUUGAUGGGAUGAUCUAUGUGUGCGGCGGCUAUGACGGGAAGUCGUCUCUGAACUCUGUGGAGCGGUACAGCCCGGAGACCGAUCGGUGGACCCUGGUUGCGGGGAUGAGUGCGAGUCGCAGCGCUGCGGGUGUCACGGUGUUUGACGGACGCAUCUUCGUGUCUGGUGGCCAUGACGGUCUGCAGAUCUUCAACACGGUGGAGUACUACAACCACCACACAGACCGCUGGCACCCGGCCGCGGCCAUGUUGAAUAAGCGUUGCCGCCACGGCGCGGCGGCGCUGGGCAGCCUGAUGUUCGUGGCCGGGGGGUACGACGGCUCGGGCUUCCUUAGCGGGGCGGAGGUGUUCGACUCGGGGGGGGGGCAGUGGAGCCCCCUGGUGGCCAUGAACACGCGGCGGAGCAGGGUGUCUCUGGUGUCCACUGCUGGGCGCCUGUACGCAGUGGGGGGGUAUGACGGGCAGUCCAACCUAUGCUCUGUGGAGGUCUACAUCCCAGACUCGCAGCGCUGGACCUUCAUGGCCCCCAUGGUGUCUCACGAAGGGGGAGUGGGGGUGGGCUGCGUGCCACUGCAGCCCGCCUAACCCCUCCCACUGAGGGCGGCGCCCAAUGAGAUCCAUCGGUACGACGGCCGGCGCAGACCUGCACACUGACGCCGGCCCACAGCAUUAUGGGUAAUGACUGUUGAGCAAGCCUCGGAGCCUAACGCUAGCAUGGGACUGAUUCACGUUAAUGUUGAUUUAUACUUGAUGAUGCAACAUGGGGUCACUUCCUGUCCCAAACCAGAUCAGGGAGUUCUGAUCCCAGGUCACUGAUCAGCUGACAGGAAGCGCAGCUGCAUGAACAGGAAGUAGACAGACAUACGUCUGGAGACUGGAACAACUCCAAACCAAACACUGAACCCCAAACCACCGCUCACUGUAUAGAGGCAAAAUAUUGUCCCCCCCCAGUGAUUCAGAGGCCAGAGUGAUGUCAUUAACCCCCCCCCCCAGUUCAUAUGACUGCUACUUUUAUUUGAACAUGGAGAAACUCAUGCUAACAUACUAACAGUCCUGACCCGGACAUGACUCAGCACUAUGAGUCCUGGUCUGGAGGUCAAUGGUUCUCUGGAUGUGUUUUUGGUUCCUUGAAUAAAGGUCUGUGGUUCACAGAAGCUGAAGAGAU